GUUCUACGAUGAUUUUAUGGCGAGAGACAAUGCCACAGCUCCACAAGUCCACAUUUAUGUCGCUGGCUUUCCUUGCCAGUCCUUUGCCGCGGCAGGCAAGCAGCGGGGAUUGGAUGAUGCUCGUGGCACAGUGUUCUUUGGAUGCGCUGACUACAUCCGCGCUCAGCGCCCGCGCGUUUUCCUCUUAGAGAACGUCAAGGGGCUGCUCACGAACGAUGGAG